CAGACAGCCGCGAUGGACGCUGCGCACCGCCUCGCGCUCCUGGCGCUCGCGCUGCUGCUCCAAUUUUUCAACGUGUCAUUUACUUCUGGAGAUCUUGUAGAAACUAUUCGUCCAUUGAAAACAUGGAAAGGUCCACCUUCCAACUACAGCUGGUCUGCAAAUCUUUUACACCAAACCAAAUACGCAGUAGACAGCAACUCCGAUUCAUCAUCAAAAAAGGUCUGGAACUUGGUGGACAAUGGGCAUAAGAAAAAGCAAAAUCCUCGCUCAGUGAAGAUAGAAAAAAUUGGUUCAAGAAUGAACAACUAUGCCUUCACGCAAAACUCUAAACGAACAUCACUUCCUUUGGAUCAACCGACUUUACGGCCCAUAAGAAAUUUCAAUGCGCGAGAAGACGCAGAAAAGCUGCGCAUCGCCUUGCGUACUCAACACAUUGACGAAGCAGAAAUUAUCAAUAUAAUGACAAGGCGUACCGAUGACCAACGACAAGAAAUUGUUAAAUACUAUCCUGAUUUGAAGGCGGAUUUGAGUUGGAAACUGAGUUUUGGUUUCCGAGAGUUAAUGAAAGCUCUUGCGUCACCUCUGCAUGAAUUCCAUGCGGAACAACUGCACGAAGUUUUCAGGAAUGCCAGUAAACUCAACGACGAGCUUCUUAUUGAGUUGCUGUUAUAUGAAAAAGAUAUUAAAGAUGAACUACGAGGAUUUUCGAGUAAUUUUCUCGCAAACCUGCUGAUUUCGUACAUCGAGGUGAAAAGGAAUGAAAAAAGUGAAAUAAACAGUUCAUUGGCAAAGCAUGAUGCACAAAAAUUACAAAAAGCAGGAACGCUUCGGAUUGAAGAAUCAGCACCACUCCGGAAAAUAUUGCUCACAAGAAGUUAUCCACAACUAAAACAGACAUUCAGUGAAUACAAAAGUAUUACUGGAACAAAUAUCAGAGAUGCAAUUCGAAGAGAUUUUUCUAAAAGCGUCCAGAAAGGAUUGUUGAACAUUGUGAAAGCAGUAUCUAACAGACCACAGUACUUUGCUGAAAUUCUUAACGCAGGAAUUAGAAACUUCAGUAAGAGAGAUGCUACCUUAAUUCGUGUAAUAUUAUUACGUUCGGAAUCAGACAUGGGAGACAUCAAAACCUCCUACUUUAAACUGUACAAUUUGGACCUCUCUGCAUCAAUUCCGACAAAUACGGGUUCUUUGAAGAAAGCAUUGAUUUCCUUGAUAUCUGGCUGAAUUAUUGGAUUGAAAUCCUUUUACACGUGACAAAAACAUUUCGUUCAAGAAAAAAAUUAUUUAAAUCUAUUAAUUUUACAUUAAAGAGUAUACCUAUUAUUGAUUAUAUAAAACAUCCUGUCUGCCAUAGAGACAAAGCAGUCGUAUUAGUAGGUAAUCCUUUGUGUACGAUUUUGAUAUAAAAGUUAAUUAAUUAAAUGAAUAUAUACAAAAUAAAAAUGUAUAUCUUCGACGCCAUAUGUCAAAUACAUUUAAACCUCCAGUCAGCAUAAAAAAAACUAUUUUUUCGUGGAAUCGUUAUGCUCUACGUCUUAUUUUCAAAACGUCGUAUCCAUUAUCACUUAGGGCUGAGGGACGUGUCGACAUACGGACUGUGUGCGAACCAAGGCGUUGCCCCUUGUUGUUGCUUUUUUUGUCCUGCCAACGCGGAACGUAGACAUUGGCG